GUGUUUACAGGCACCCGCCUGAAAUUUUACACAUAAUAAUCAGCUGUUUUAACGCCAAACCGAUUAGUGUUAUGUUAGCUCCAAACUCGAGCCAACGAGGAGCAAAGGCAGGGCGAAUAAGAGAGCGAUUGUAGACAAAAUCGCAACUUCUGGACGCCGAUUUUGAUUUAUUUCGUGGAUGUUUUCGUUAUGCUGCUGUGAUUGAAAGAUGUGAACAAGAAAUGUAUCUGAGGUCAAAACCUGAUAAGUUAAAGGUCACGGCCUGCUCUAGCAUGGCAGGUAAAGUCAGGGUCUUGUGAUGAAGAGUCAAACAUGGAAGAAGAAGAAGAUCUGGAGACACUUGGGGAGCAGCUGUACUCUCUGAUUUCCUCCAAACACAAAGAGGAUGCUGGAAAACUCACAGGCAUGUUACUGGAGCUGCCAGGUCCUGUGUUGACUCAGAUGUUGCAGGAUGAUGCCAUGCUGACCGCAGCUGUGGAGAAAGCCCUGAGAGCCCUGCAGGUGGCACAGGAACCCAGUCAGGUAUGUAAGGAUGAGGAUGAUGUGUCAGUGUCUUCUGACUCUCUGGGGGAGCAGCUAUUUGAGCUGGUGGAUGUUUACAACACAGGCCACUCACAGAAAAUCACAGG